AUGAUAGUAGGCCCAAAUAUAAAUGAGUCUGAGGAACUUCUAUACUACUCUGAGAUAAGUGGAACAUCAUCAAAUUUGUCACAUGGAUUGUGGCUUUUUUUGGCCAUUCAAACAUCCGAGAUCUAUAAGGACAUCUGUUCUGAUCCAAUUCAGGAUUGGAAUAUUGUGGUGAAGUCCCCUCUAUCUAUCACCAAUAAUCUUCCUCUAACAGCUGAAUUUUCUGUUCUUGAAACGCAAAGAAGUGGCCAUUUUAAAGCAUGCUCAAGAGGUGUAUUUACUCCAGGUGAAACAGUGAAAGUCCUAAAUCCCGAUAUUAGAAACCCCUUGGUUGUUCAUAUAGUUCUUGAACAGAACUAUGAAAUGGAAAGGCCUUUGGCACCCAGGGCUCUAAGAGUAUAUUCUCCAUAUUGGUUGACGAUUGCUAGAUGUCUGCCAGUUACAUUUAGGCUUGUAGAUAUGUCUGCAAAAAAAGCAAAACGAAACCCUUUCAAGUCAAAAAAGACGAAUGAAGUAAUCUUAGAGGAGAUCACUGAGGAGGAAUUUCACGAAGGCUAUACCAUUGCUUCAGCUCUCAACUUCAAACUGUUGGGCCUGUCUGCUUCCAUUAGCGACAAUGGGAAUGAUCAUUUUUGGGAUGUUACAGAUCUCUCUCCACUUGCUGACAUGGAUGGUUCGUUGGGUGUCUCUUCUUAUGAUGCUGACAAGAACUGCAUGCGCCUCUUCGUAUCAUCAAAAGCAACCCCUAAUCAAACUGUUCCAACAAAGGUGUUGGGCUUCCAUAUUGUUGGUUAUGGAUGCACCACUUGUAUCGACAAUUCUAGUGACCUGGAAGAAUCGGUGGCAUCUGCUAUUUUUGAAAAUGCAAAGGAGUUAAAUUGGCUUGGAGCUAUCACAUCAGCUGCUGCAUUGGCUGUUGCUCAGAAGGCUGUGGGAAAGGUGUUGCCAGAGCUAAAUGGAAAGCUUACUGGAAUGGAUUUUAGGAUACUCUUGUCCCAUAUGCUCAAAAUCAGUAAUGGAUAUGUCUAUGAUGUGGAGAGACUAGAUGAAGAGAUUGAAGCUACUGUGAUGCAUGAAGAUUACAAACAAAAGAAGGUUUAG